AAGUUCAGCAAACACUUUUCAACAUUCCCUUCUGUCCUUUCUUUGUUUUUAAAGAAAGCUCUGAUUUUGUUUCAUUUUCAGCUGGAGACUUAAAUGACACCAAGCAAAGCCUACUUAGUUUAGAUUUCCAGAAAUUAGCUGGUGAAAAAAAAUCAAACAUGAAGAUUGCAGUUUUGUUUUGUUUUUUUCUGCUUAUCAUUUUUCAAACUGACUUUGGACAAAAUGAAGAAAUUCCUAGGAAGCAAAGGAGGAAGAUCUAUCACAGAAGGCUGAGGAAAAGUUCAACCUCAUACAAGCACAGAUCAAACAGACAGCUUGGAACUCCGCAAACAACAAUUUUUACACCAGUAGCAAGAUUUCCUGUUGUUAACUUUGAUUAUGGCAUGGAGGAAAAGUUUGAAUCUUUUUCAAGUUUUCCUGGAGUAGAAUCAAGUUAUAAUGUGUUACCAGGAAAGAAGGGGCACUGUUUGGUAAAGGGCAUAACCAUGUACAACAAAGCUGUGUGGUCCCCUGAGCCCUGCACUACCUGCCUCUGCUCAGAUGGAAGAGUGCUUUGUGAUGAAACCAUGUGCCAUCCCCAGAGGUGCCCCCAGACAGUUAUACCUGAAGGGGAAUGCUGCCCUGUCUGCUCUGCUACUGAACAAAGAGAACCUACCAAUUUACUUCAUAAGCAACUGCCACCUCCUCAGGUGGGAAUGGACCAAAUAGUAAGAAAAGAAGCACUUCAAUCUGAGGAGGAUGAAGCAAUGAAAAAAGAUACAGAGCAAAAGACAGAGACCCCUGAAUCUAGAAAUCAGAGGCAACUUUACAGUGAGGGGGACAGCAGAGGAGGAGACAGAAAGCAGAGGCCUGGAGAGGAGAGGAGGCUGGCACACCAGCAGCAACGCCAAGGAAGGGAGGAGAAGGAGGAGGAUGAGGAGGAGGAGGGUGAGGAGGAUGAGGAGGAGGAGGGUGAGGAGGAUGAGGAGGAGGAGGAAGACGAGGAGGACCCGGUAAGAGGAGAUACGUUCCGAAUGCCCUCUCGAUCCCCACUUCCUGCUCCUCCCAGAGGCACACUGCGCCUGCCAAGUGGGUGCUCUCUGUCCUACAGGACCAUCAGCUGCAUCAGCGCCAUGCUCACCCAGAUACCACCACUCACAGCACCACAGAUAACAAGUCUGGAGCUCACUGGCAAUUCCAUCGCCUCCAUCCCAGAUGAAGCAUUUAAUGGAUUACCAAAUUUGGAAAGGCUUGAUCUGAGCAAAAAUAAUAUCACUUCUCCAGGCAUAGGUCCAAAAGCAUUCAAGCUUCUGAAGAAGUUAACGCGUUUGAAUAUGGAUGGAAAUAAUUUGAUACAGAUUCCUUCAGAAUUGCCAUCUACAUUAGAAGAACUUAAAAUCAAUGAGAACAAUCUUCAGGCUAUUGAUAAAGAAAGUUUAUCAGACUUAUAUCAACUGGUCACCUUAGAACUUGAAGGAAAUAAUCUCAGUGAAGUCAAUGUCAAUCCUUUAGCUUUCAAACCUUUGAAGAGCCUAGCCUAUUUGCGUCUGGGAAAAAAUAAAUUUAGAAUUAUACCACAGGGUCUUCCUGCUUCUAUUGAGGAAUUAUACCUAGAAAAUAACCAAAUUGAAGAAAUAACUGAAAUUUGUUUCAAUCAUACCAGAAAGAUCAAUGUCAUUGUACUACGUUAUAACAAAAUUGAAGAAAAUAGGAUUGCUCCUUUAGCCUGGAUAAAUCAAGAAAAUCUAGAAUCCAUUGAUCUCUCGUACAACAAGCUCUAUCACGUCCCGUCCUAUCUACCCAAGUCCUUGCUGCACCUCGUGCUCCUCGGGAACCAGAUUGAACGGAUCCCUGGCUAUGUGUUUGGUCACAUGGAACCAGGCCUGGAAUACUUGUACCUGUCAUUUAACAAACUUGCUGAUGAUGGCAUGGACCGUGUCUCCUUCUAUGGGGCAUAUCAUUCCCUGAGAGAAUUAUUUCUGGAUCACAAUGACUUAAAGUCUGUACCACCUGGGAUACAAGAAAUGAAAGCACUACAUUUUCUGAGGCUGAACAACAACAAGAUAAGUUGUGUUUCAGAUGCUGUUCUAGAGACAGUGACAAACAGAGCAGAUGGGGCCUUUCCUCUCUGGUAGAGGCAAUAAGCAGGAAACCAAGCAGACAAUUAAGUAAGCAGGCAAGUGCUGUGCAGUCAGAAAAAUGGGUGACAAUGCAAUGAGCACACUGGUGCCUGAUGGCUGCCAGGAGACUACGGCCACCCUCAAUGGCCUGGAGUAACAGCAGAUCCAGACCCGUGCCAGACCCUGCAGGCACACUGUGGGCUUGCUGUGCAUGUCUCUUCUCACCUCUGCUCUGGCAGCAGAAUCCCAAAGAAAAAUGAAAAUCGGAAUGACCGACUGAAGCUUUUUUUCUUAAGUGGAAGUUGUACUUAUUUCAACUGAUUUUAUAAUUUUUAAAAUAUGGCUAGCAUGGAACUUGUUCAGCCCUGAAAUUUCAUGAUGUUCUGGAUGGGAAGUUUUAAUUCCAUAAAAAAGUGAUAAAUGUCCUUAUAGCAAACACUCUUCACAAUAUAAUGUACUAAAAAACAGAUGUUCUGUUUGGCUUCAAAAAUUACACUAUAAUUACUAACACACAUAUACACUAAAGAAGUCCUGGUCUAGCCAUGAUCUAAAAAUAUAAAUGGUGUGUCUUGUCUUUGUGUAUAUAUACAAGGAACAGUAUAACUUUGAGAUUUGGCUUAUUAUCAAUAAAAAUAUUAUAAGCAGCACUAAAGAAAUGAUUUAGCGAAAGACAUACAGAACCUGGUAUAAGGAAAUAACUAUACCAGGAACGAAGAGACUUGGGAGCCCAUCUUGUUCUCCAAUAAUUAUACAGUCAUUUUACUUCUUUGGGGUUCAUUUGAUUCAAUUAUAAAAUAACAUGUGUGGAACAGAUCAGUAGUUUUCAGACAAGGUUCACUGGGGUUUCGUGUCACUGAUAAGGAAGUGCACAGACCUCUCUCUUCAAACAAAGCAGCUUUGCUCUCAUCAGAAAGUGUUGACUCCCAUCCCCCUUUUCUUCUUACAAUCAACAAACUAGGUACUAUCUAAAUGACACACUAGGUUUUAAAAUCCAUGAAGAACAUGCCGCCUUCUCUUCCCUUUCUCCAGCUCCGCCUGCAUUCCCGGAGCAUCCAGGCUGAAGAGGCUCGGCCUUAGGAAAAGGCUGCCAGGUUUUCCUUCUGAGCACCAGUGCAGUGGGGUGACAUCAGCCCUGAGCAGACUGCUGGGCCCCCGACCACCUUAAAUGGCUAGUUGACAAGCUCCUGUAGGAACGAGCACCAUGCUGCAAGCUCACCAACCUCCUUGCAGGUCAGGUGAUGACGCUGGGGCUCAGCGAGGGCAGGUGGCACAUGAGAACAACAGGGAAUAUGUGGCUAAGUCUGGACUUCCCCUGCAUCUUCUGACUCUGAGGCUGGUGUUCCUCCUGCUGAACCAAGCUGUCUCUCCAUUAGAGUUUGGAUGGAAAGUCUAGGGCACCCAAGAGUGGCAGGCUGCCUAAUAAAAGGUCCGAACCUGAGUGGCUGAUGCUCAACCGGAGGGUACAGGGCAUGUGGUAUGGCAGGUGUUGCUAACGAGGGGAGGAAGAUACUCAAAACCACCUCUCCUUCAAAUGGCAUCAUCAAAUGGCUCCACGUACAUCUCCUUAGAAGCCAUUCUCAUUAAGUCAAAGUUAAUUACUCCUUAAGAUGAUUGCUUUCAUUAAAACAGAAAAAAACUAUCUACAAUGUUGUACAGUUGAAAUAUGCACGGUGUCCUCUAGUUGUCAUGGACACCUCCAGGGGUCAUCAAGACGAUUAUUCUCAUUCACACAUAAUUAUUCCCGUAACGGUUAAUAAUACGUAUUAUAAAUCUUUAAAUUGACUUGGAAAUGUUAACAAAUUAUGACAAUGUUUGUUUUAAGAUUAUUUUAGACUCGGCAUAAGUAUAUGAAAAUUUAAGCCACAAAUUACAGGUAUAUAGCUAAAGGAUAAAACCCCAAAUUUUUGGUAGCAUAUUUGUGUUAAGCAUAGUGGUUUAGGCAAAAAUGGUUUCUCUAAUUUGACUAAUAUAGGUGGGGAGUAACAAAAGAUGACUGUGAUAUAAUACAGGAUAUAAUUAACACUAAACCAUACAACACAUACACAUGGUUCAGGGGAGAAAGAUCAAUGGACUUUGAAACAGGAAUGUGAAUCAGUGAGGCAAGGAGAUGGAGGGGCUCACGUCUGGGCUCACUGGUCAGGAGUCUAGCCUCAUUAUGGCAGGAAAGGAGAGGCAAGACGAGGGCUCCUCAGGUCAGGAAUUAGACCAGAUUCAAGGCGAUGAGAAAUGCAGCGUACCACUGAAAAAUGCUGAAGCAUGAAGUGUUCCAUGAAAGAAAUAAGUUAAGAAAGGAAAAAGAACUACCCACUGCAAAAAUCUAGAAAGAGAGUGACAGCCUUCAUUGCACAGAUACGAGAGACACCAAAAGGAAUUCAGUGAAUAGUGAUCUUGCCAGAUAAGGGACAGACGGAAAAGAAGGGACUAAAGAAGAAACUGCUGAUUCUCAUAAAGCUGCUGAGAAGUUGAGAGAAAGGGGCCAUCUGUGAGAGAAUGCUGAACUUGGGGUGUCACCAUGAGGGUCAGGCAAGACAAGGAGAGGACAGGAAAGACGGGAGGGUAUGGGGUCAAAGCUGAAUGCACAGGCAAGGACGUACACCUGAAGGGGCCUGACAAGAGAGGGGCAGUUGAGCCAAUCUCUGACGGACGCCGACCCUCAGCUUCAAGGGAGGGACACAGAAGCCAAGUUCACUGCAGUCUCCAUCUGACUUGAGCCUUUCACCUUUCAGAGCCAGGUUCCAAGCACAGGAUGAGUUGCACCUAAAAGCCUAGUUCCUCAGGACCCCAAGCCCCACAAAACCCCCGCCAUUCAGCAGCUGUGCCGCUGCCCAGGACAAACCUGGUAUUAUUAGGUAGAUCUGCAGUGAUUACCUCUUUAGUGUUAUUAGUUAGGUCCUACAUAAUGGUUAUCUGGAAUUAUUAGUUAGGUAUUGAUUACUUCUCUGUGUAUGCGGGUGUUGUACAGUAGCUGGGUUGGGGGAUAUAGCUUGUUUCCCCAAAAAGACUGUAAAACUUAACAGAACAGAGACGACUCAUUUCUUAACCCCCUGAAUUUUGUGCAAAGUAGGUGCUAAAAUGGCUCUUGAAUAAAGAGUUCCAUCUCCUUCAUCUCCCAGUCAAAACUGGUUCGGCUUACGAGUUAUAUUACCCAAAGAGUUGAUAUUAUCCAAAGUUGACAUUACUCCUAAAUAAAAAAGAAAGGAACCUGCAAAAUUUAAGGAUUUUCACAGAAAAACUUAGAAACUGAGCAGAAAAAGAUUUAUAUAGGGUCACAAAAUUAAAAGGGAAUCAUUUAUGUUAUUAAUAUUUCUGACAAGGACCUCAGAAAGCUAAGUAUAUUUUUUAAACAAUUAAGUUAUGCUUUGACAACUGGUAAUACUUAGUAAUCAAUCUGAUUGCUCUGCAUAAUAGCAACACUGACUAUGCCUUCCAAAGCCAUCAUUUAAACAUACCAUAAAUUACUAUGUUCCUAAGAUGCUGACUUAAAAGAAUGAAAUACUCAAAUUCUGCUGUUGAAGUGAAACUUCAAAGGGUGGAGUAAAACCCUUUAUGAUAUUGAUUCCACCUCUUUCCCUUCUUUAGAAAAAGGAUAGAAAAUGUCCUCAUGGCAGAAACAUUUACAGACUGACAGAUGACUGAACUAUUUAUCUAUCCAUGUUUGCAUGUAAAUUCAGAACCUUGAUAGACUUAAAAUUCAAAAAUAUUAAAAGUACCCAGGAAAAGAAGUUUCUGCCCAGCUCUAACUUAACACCAAAUGACCAUUACGGGCCUUAAGCCCCCAAAGUCUGUGAAACAUGGAGAUUCCUCUCUUGUAGUUAAAAAAACAAUAAUGAGUAUCUUGGCUCUGAACUAGAAUCAGUACUAGCCACGGACCUGGCCAAGUUACUUAGAGUUCUAAUUUCUUCGUGCACAAAAUCAGGAAACAACAUGUGCCUCCCAGGGCUGAUGGGAAUACUAAACAAGUGGAUAUCCUGUGGAGGUGCUGGGCAUAGGGCAGACAUAAAAAAAGGUGAGUGUCAAUGUUUCCAGGGAUAAACUACAGGAAACUGGUGAGCAGGAAGUUACUUAACUUGCUCAAGGCUUCCAGGCCUCUGAGUAUGGUGAAUAUUAAUUAUUUAAAAUAACUGAUUUCUUAGAUUGGUGGAAAUACAGUGGAAAAAGGAGUGGGUCUAGUAUACUAAGACAGGGCUCUGCACACAUGCUCUGCAGAGCGCCAGAAGUAAACCCCUUGGACUCUGUGGGCCAGUGGGGGUCCAGCGGGGACCCUGUAACCUUGGCAACAGCAUGGCUCUCCUGAGGAGUAGGUGGGAAAUUAACAGCAAAACCUGAGUUUGACUGCCUUUCUACUGUGUUACUGUAUGAUCACAUCCAGGACACGGAACAGAGUGAACCAUGGUAUACACGAACAUCUGAGCAGGAUCUCCAGGCUGAGGGGGCCAAGAGGGUGAGGAAACUGGAACUCAGAGAGUGUAAAUGACAUCUCAUCAUAAGAUUAAAAAAAAAAAAAAAAUCCUGACCAUAGGAAAGAAAAUUAAGUUUGAUUUGUGUGAUUCACUGUGAUUACUUAUAAUACCUAAAAAAGGGGAAAAUUGUAUUUAAAACAGUCAGCCAAACUAGAGAAGUAUCUGAUCAAUGAGCCUGUCCUAUAAAUGAAUUCUUCCCUUAGAAAUAACCCCUGAAUGAGUCUCCAACGGUACAGCAAGACAGUCUGCACUGGCAAACCCAGGCCUUUCCAUCUGUAGCCCAUGUGGCAAGCUUUGGGCAGAGGCUUCCCUAGCAAGUUUGAUCCUUUCGUAUUCAUUUCUGGCCCUAUGACUAUCAGCUCAAUUGAAACUAGUCCAACAGAAUCAAAGGCAUUUGUAAAAGGUUUUAAGAGGAAAAUCUCCUGCAAACUGUGUAAUCCUGAAUUAGUCCAUGUUUGAUUCUACAUGUCUUAAGGCUUCAGCUUAUGACAUGUCUUUUACUACAAGGUGAACAGGAGCAUUUGAGAAUGUAAGCCCUGCUGGAGUUCAGUCUGUCACAUACUGUUAUUUGCAAAGGAAUAAAUGUUCUAAACUCAGUAAGUAAACUUUAGUGGUGAUACAACUAAAUCAUAAAGGCAUGACCAUUUCUUCUGUGAAGUUAUGUUCCCUUUUCUAUAUGAAAGUGGAUAAAAUUAAAACUUAGUCUAGCGUAUUUUUUCCUUUGUAUAAAAUGUGAAGAAUGUGAAUCCACGCAAGGGAAAGCAGGACUGUAUUAAAAAUAACAUGUGAUUACACUAAAUACGUAUUAGUUUGGAAAAGAAAAGGAAUACAUCAUGUUAUUAAAAUGUCCUGGUGUGUUUCUAAGUAACAGAAUCUCUGUGGUCAAAUAAACUUACAUUAAACUAUCAA